AAAUAACUGCUCAAAGGUUUUUUCAUUUAAAAUUAACUUACAGGUCCUUUAAAAAGGCUAAAACUUAAGUCAGAAUAAAUAAAAUUUGUGACUGCAAUUAUAAAUAUUUCGUGUUUUUAUAACUGCUUAUAAGUUUUUUCGGUAUACCGUUUUUUCCAAAAUCUAAAUCGUGCUCAUUUCGACCUAGAAUAUGGUAGUGUUUACAUGUCUUAACUGUGGAGAUAGUUUACAAAAACCACGUGUAGAAAAACAUUACAAUACAGGAUGCAGAAAACCGAUUUCUCUAUCUUGUGUGGAUUGUUUUAAAGAUUUCCAUGGCGAUGCUUAUGUUGCACACACAAAAUGUAUAACUGAAGAUGAACGAUAUGCAGCGAAAGGUUAUCAAGCGAAACCGAAUGCUAAUAAAGGUCUACUAAAACAAGAAAAAUGGAUUGAAACAAUACAAACGAUUCUAAAGGAUAAUCCUAAUUUACCAAAUGAUCAGCGACAAAUUCUAAAUAUCAUUGUGAAACAUGAUAAUGUUCCAAGAAAAAAACCUAAAUUCCAGAAUUUUUUAAAAAGUGUUUGUCCUCGAGCAAAUUUCAAUGCAGCUAGUGCUGUUUUCGAUUUAUUAGAAAAUGAACAUAAGAAAAAUAAUGUACCUAAACCAAAUACAAAUGGUUCUCCUUCAAAGCCUGUUGAAAAUGGAAAAUCAAUUACGAAUGGUACUUCAAAUGGAAAAUCAAUUACGAAUGACACUUCAAAUGGAAAAGAAACUUUAAAUACGUCAAAUAUUAGUAAUGGUAAAAGUAAAAAAUCAAAUGAAGAGAGAUUUAAAUGGAAACCAACGAUCUUACAUUUUGUUAAUAAAAAACAAUCAAUUAAGAAAAAACAAUUAAUGAAGAAAGUAUUACAAGCGUAUAAAUUAUAUCAUCCAGAAUUAAGUGACAUACCGGAAACGGUUGUACAAAAGUAUCAUAUUAAAUUAUCUAAAAUGAAAAAAGUUAUUGUUGACGAUGAUUUAGUUAAAUUAAAAUAA